ACUGUCAUAAAACAAAGCUUAUGGCAGACACAGAUUUAAGCUCCAGAACAGAGCAAAUCCUGUUACUCUUGGUCAACACCCAAAUUCUCUUAUUUUCCAAGUACAACUGGAUUCCACUAAAUCACUAAGAUUUAUUUUAAUUUGAAAAAAGUAUUAUGACAUACCCAUCACACUCAUGCAUACUACAUCAACUUGUAUUCAUCUUAAAAAAAUAAAUAAAAAGGAAAGUAAUGUUAUUUUUAUUUUUCAUUUAAGUAUUUAUUUUUGCAAAAGUAACUUGGAGUCUUGUGGAUAUUUGCCAAGAAAUGGGCUACUGUAUUCUUUGCUCAGAAAAGACAUAUUAAAGUGGUUAGGACUAAAUGAAUAUUAGGUACAGAUAGUUGGUUUUAAAUACUAAAUGAUGAUGAGCUGAACAUCUACUCCUCAAUUCAUGAUGACGCACAUGGCGGAUGUAUUUAUUGUAAAUCUGUCUUGAGAAAGCACUUAAAGUUUUGACUACACUCCCUGUUUACCACAGUUUUGGGUCUGGUGUUACAAUUCAAAAAUUACAUUUGUUAAUUUCAGUGGAUUAAUGAACAAUAUGUACCUUCUCUAGUUGUGCAAGUUUAUGGAUUAACAGGUAAAUUCAGACAAUCCGUACUUUAGACUGAGGCUCAACGCCUGGUUGACCAACCUACAUAGGUGAAUAUAAAGUUCAGAUUCAAGCAUGCAGACACCAAAUUUCAGCUCAGGAGCAUCCUGAACAUCUCUACACACGGAGACAACAUGGACCCAAGAGCCUCACUCUCCAUUCUGCUGCUGUUAGUUGGCAUUUCCUUGGCGAAUCCUAUCAGGAAGCCUGGCCCUCCUGCAUUCCUACCCAUACCUGGAAAUGUGGACAUCACUACAAAGUUUCUGGAGACCAACAAAGGAUCUUCUGAACACCUGAUUGAAGGAGAUCUGGUGUUUCCCAAAACUAAAAACGCUCUCUACUGCUUUAACAACAACUGUUUCUGGAAGAAAAACUCUAGCAAUUUAGUGGAGGUCCCUUACAUAGUGAGCAGUGAAUUCUCCUCUACUGACAUCUCAGUUAUUAAGAAUGCCAUGUCUACCUUUCACAACAAGACUUGCAUUCGCUUCGUACCCAGAUUAAAUCAAACUGACUACAUCAGUAUUGAGAACAAAGAUGGGUGCUACUCUUAUCUUGGUAGAAUUGGUGGCAAACAGGUGGUCUCCUUCAACAGGCAAGGCUGUGUGUAUCACGGCAUUAUUCAGCAUGAGCUUAAUCAUGCCCUGGGCUUCUACCACGAACACACCAGGAGCGAUCGUGACAAGUAUGUUAAGAUCAACUGGGAGUACGUCCCAACUGAUAAGGCCUACAACUUCCAAAUACAGAACACCAACAAUCAAAACACCACAUAUGACUAUGGCUCCGUCAUGCACUAUGGAAAAACAGCCUUCACCACCCAAGCUGGAAAGAACACCAUCACUCCCAUUCCUGAUGCAACAGUGGCAAUCGGACAGAGACAGGAUAUGUCUAACCUCGACAUCCUGAGGAUCAACAAGCUUUAUGGAUGUGUUGUUUGAGAUAAUUUAAUAUGGUUUACCCGUCUACAGAUUAUUAAUGUAAUGAGGUGAUGGUCUUUGUCUUUAUCCAUCUACGUUUUGAUUAUCAUUCUGAAUCCAACUCAUAUUCUUUUUUCAGCUUUUGUUCAAAAUGUUAUUUCUU